AACUUUGCUCUGAGGACAGUUGGUUUGUGCUCAUGGAGAUGGAGAGCUGUCUGUUCAUCCUCAUGUUCUCAUCCCUGCUCCUGUUCACCACAGCCGACAGUGAUGUGAGGCUGGUGAACGGAAACAGUCCCUGUGAGGGAAGAGUGGAGGUUCGUCGUGAUGAACAGUGGGGAACUGUGUGUGAUGAUGACUGGGAUAUGACAGAUUCUUCAGUGGUGUGUAGACAGAUGUUCUGUGGAGACGCUGUAGCAGCACCAGAUGACUUUCGUUUUGGACCAGGAACUGGGAACAUUUGGAUGGAUGAUGUAUCCUGUCAAGGGUCAGAGUCAACUCUGAAGGACUGUGAACAUGAAAGACAAAGUGAUUGUAGUCAUAUUGAAGAUGUUGGAAUCAUCUGCUCAGGUAAUAGAAGAACACCCAUCCGACUGGUACAGGGUACACACCUGUGUUCCGGGAGAGUGGAGAUCCAGCAUGGAAUUACUUGGCACACAGUGUGUGAUGCUGACUUUGACCUGCAGGAUGCCGAAGUUGUGUGUCGGCAGCUGGGCUGCGGGAUCCCUGCGAAGGUGCUGGGAGGGUCUGCCUUUGGGAAGGGGGGAUACCAAAUGUGGACAGAGGAGAUUCAGUGUACAGGGAACGAGUCAAAUGUUUACUCCUGUCCGAAAUCAUCCACAAAGAAACAGAACUGCUCACAUGAUAGUGACACGGGACUCGUGUGUUCUGGGUACACAAACUCCAGACUGGUGGACAGUCCAGACUCCUGCUCCGGGAGGGUGGAGUUACAGUACCUCACUGAGUGGGGCACAAUGUGUGAUGCAUCCUGGGAUCUGAGAGCAGCCAAUGUCCUCUGUCAGCAGCUGGGCUGUGGGAGCGCUGUGGCAGUGCCAGGACAGGCCUGGUUUGGAGAGGGCAGCGGCCCCAUCUGGGCUGAUGUGUUUGAGUGUCACGGGAAGGAGACACACCUGUCCCAGUGUGCUGUUUCUUCAUGGAACCGAGCCGUGUGCUCUCAUGGACAUGAUGCAGGAGUCAUCUGUAAUGGAUCAUCUCUCUCCAGCCUCGAUGGGACGGUCCGACUGUCUGGAGAGAGUGGCUGUGAGGGUCAGUUGGAGGUUCAGUACCAGCACACGUGGAGCAAAGUUCUCCUGGACUCCUGGAGCAUCAGGGAAGCUUCUGUGGCCUGCAGACAGCUGGGCUGUGGUUCUGCAGUGAGGAUUUACAGCUCCUCCCUGUCUGGGACAGGGGACACUGAUGUGUGUCUCACAGGGUAUCAGUGCUCUGGGACUGAGUCUCACCUGGUCAACUGCAAUGCUCCAGAUACAGUCAACUGCAGUUCCAGCCCAUAUGUGUCCAUAGUGUGUUCUAGUGAGUCCCUGAGGCUGGUGGGUGAUGAGGGUGGCUGUGCAGGGAGGCUGGAGGUGUUCCACCAGGGCUCCUGGGGGACAGUGUGUGAUGACUCCUGGGACCUGAAUGAUGCUCAGGUGGUGUGCAGGCAGCUCCAGUGUGGGACGGCUCUCCGCUUUACCUCUUUUGGUCCAGGAAAUGGAUCUAUAUGGCUGGGUAAAGUGGGCUGUGUGGGAAACGAAUCAUCUCUGUGGGACUGUCCCUCUGCGCAGUGGAGACAGCAUGACUGUGGACAUGAGAAAGAUGUAGGAGUUGUGUGUUCAGAAUUCAAAGACCUGAGACUGGCUGAUGGUUGCUCUGGCCAGUUGGAGGUUUACUACAAUGAUACCUGGGGAAACGUGUGUUUCAACGAAAUGGACAAGAACAUAGCAACUCUCAUAUGUCAGCAACUCAACUGCGGAACGAGUGGAACUGUUUCAAGUGCAGGAUCUCGAGUGAAAGGAGCUCCAAACUGGCUGGAUUCUGUCAAAUGUCGCCCACAUGACUCCACACUGUGGCAGUGUCCAUCCUCUCCCUGGGGACACAACACAUGUGGCGAUAAUGACGUCGCCAAUAUUACCUGUGAAAGCAGUGACGUGAGGCUGGUGAACGGGAACAGUCGCUGUGCUGGGAGAGUGGAGAUUCUUCAUCAAGGACAGUGGGGAACUGUGUGCAGUGAUGACUGGGAUAUGACUGAUGCUGCAGUGGUGUGUAGACAGCUGGGCUGUGGAGAUGCUGUAGACGCACCUCUCAAUGCUCACUUUGGUCCAGGAACUGGGAACAUUUGGAAGGACGACACUCUCUGUGGAGGCACCGAACCAACACUGAAGGACUGUGCGUCACGUAGAUGGGGAGAACAUAACUGUGAUCAUAAUGAGGAUGCUGGGGCCAUCUGCUCAGGAUGCCGAAGUUGUGUGUCGGCAGCUGGGCUGCGGGAUCCCUGCGAAGGUGCUGGGAGGGUCUGCCUUUGGGAAGGGGGGAUACCAAAUGUGGACAGAGGAGAUUCAGUGUACAGGGAACGAGUCAAAUGUUUACUCCUGUCCGAAAUCAUCCACAAAGAAACAGAACUGCUCACCCUCGAUGGGAUGGUCCGACUGUCUGGAGAAGGUGGCUGUGAGGGUCAGUUGGAGGUUGACUACCAGCACACCUGGAGCAGAGUUCUCCUGGACCCCUGGAGCAUCAGGGAGGCCUCUGUGGUCUGCAGACAGCUAGGCUGUGGCUCUGCAGUGAGGAUCUACAGCUCCUCCCUGUCUGGGACAGGAGACACUGAUGUGUGUCUCACAGGGUAUCAGUGCUCUGGGACUGAGUCUCACCUGGUCAACUGCAGUGCUCCACACACACUCAGCUGCAGUUCCAGCCCAUAUGUGUCUAUAGUGUGUUCCAAACACAGGUCCCUGAGGCUGGUGGGUGAUGAGGGCGGCUGUGCAGGGAGGCUGGAGGUGUUCCACCAGGGCUCCUGGGGGACAGUGUGUGAUGACUCCUGGGAUCUGAAUGAUGCUCAGGUGGUGUGCAGGCAGCUGCAGUGUGGGACGGCUCUCCGCUUUACCUCUUUUGGUCCAGGAAAUGGAUCUAUAUGGCUGGAUGAGGUUGGCUGUGUGGGGAACGAAUCAUCUCUGUGGGACUGUCCCUCUGCCCAGUGGGGAAACCAUGACUGCAUUCACAAGGAGGAUGUGGGUGUCGUGUGUUCAGAAUACAAAGAUCUGAGACUGGCUGAAGGUUGUUCUGGCCAGUUGGAGGUUUAUUACAAUGACACCUGGGGAAAUGUGUGUUUCAAUCAGAUGGACACAAACACUGUGAGUUUAAUAUGUCAGCAACUCAACUGUGGGAAGAAUGGAACAGUUUCUAAUACAGAAUCUCGAGUGAAAGGAGCUCCAAAUUGGCUGGAUAUUGUCAAAUGUCGCCCACAUGACUCCGCACUGUGGCAGUGUCCAUCCUCUCCCUGGGGACAGAAUAAAUGUGAUGAUGAGGACGAAGUGGCCCUCAUUACUUGUGAACGAAGACAUCCCAGAAUGCACCACAUGUCAAACCUUGAGGCGGAUGGGCUGCAACAGAAGACCACUUUGGGUUCCACUCCUAUCAGCCAAAUAAAGAAAGUUGAGGCUGCUGUGGGCACAGGCUCACCAAAACUGGAUAGUUGA